GGCGCGGCACAACGCUGGCCUCACUCACACGCCUCACGUCACCAUCAUCAAAGUGCACGGCGCCGCCGCGUCUGUCCGCAGCGCCACGUCUCAGGUCAGUGUGGACUUGGAGCGGCGACGUCAACACCGUCACCGGUCGGCCAGACGACGGCAACGUUACUCUAGCGGCGCCGCCGGCGGCGGCGGCAGUGGUGGCAACGCCAGAGCCGGUAGCGCGACUGGUGCCCAUCAGCGUCUCAAAAGACUGGGAGUCGUAGCCGAACGUUCAAAGUCGCAAGAUCGCAGUCAAGACGCAGCACAUCGACGACGCUGUUGGCCUGCCGCUUCGUCCAAUCAAGGACAACAGCCAGCGCAAACUGUCGCCGAAUGCGUUGACGUCGCAUCGCAUGAUCCAAUCGGGCAGCCAUUGUUGCAUCGAGAUUUGAUCCAAUCGCGGACGAGUGAAAAUAGCAAUCAAUUACCGUCGUCUGGGGCCGCUUUUGGGACCGGAUUACGAAUCAACAGCUCGUAUUGGGUCGUGUUCAAUACGUGCUGUUCGCAAUUAGUAGCCGGUGGAUUCAGUUUGAACGUUGAAACGGCCAGUGCAGGAGGCGACAACGAUUCGUUUGGUGCCGGGCCGAAUCAAGAUCCUUCUGGAGAUUCAAGCGAAGCUAUUCCGCAACAUUUCCAACAUUCUUGCUCGCAGCGAGAGCAAUUUGAAGAAGAAGAAGAAGAGCACGGCCGUCAUCAUCAUCAUCAUCACGACGACGCAGCAGCAGCAGCAGCAGCAGCUGUGGCGACGGAACAAGACUCGGACGCAGACGCAGAGGACGAACAAGAAGAGUCUGAAGAAAUCGAGAGCCAAACAGGAAGCGAAGGUGCAACAGACGAAGAAGUAGAGGACGAGGAGGAGGAAGUGGAGGGAUUGAUUUCGUCCAAUAGUGUCAGCAGUUCGCCGCCUUGCCCUAGCACAACGCCACCGCCCCUUCCGCCGCUCUUCAUUUUUCAUCCAUCGUCGAAGACGUCGUCCGCUUCACCUCCUCACAUGCGGAGGUGUCGCGACUCCGAUUCCGACUCGCCAUCCAGCGCCUCUCGCCAACUAGCCAGCACCAACAACGCAGCUGCUGCAAGCGCCGUCGUCGCUGCAGCCGCUGCCGCCCGGUCCGGCAACGUAGCUCCUGUCCUCACUGCCAGCCGGACCGGGGCUGGAGGAGCCGGCGCUGCCUGGUACGCCACCGACACGGUUCAGUUAACAACGUUCCGGCCGUUGGCCACAGCAGCCAAAACUCCAACGACUGCUGCUGCUGCUGCUGGCGCCAUUUCCAACACGAGCCCUGGUGGCAACAGCGUGCCUGCCAAACCGAAGAGCCGCACUCUCGACUCAUCGGACACGUCCGAUUACGAAAAUCUCAGCUCUUGCACGUCGGGUCGCUAUGCCACGUUGCCCACACAGUCUCACUUUAGCGAUUGCGGAGUUGCGAGUGCGAAAGCAAGUGGCAACGAGAGCGGGUCGUAUCGCGACCACUACGCGACGGCAUCAACGACGGCGGCGGCCGGUGUCCUCUUCCGACCGGCAAGCGGCGCCGGAUCGUUUGCUGACAAUGGCAGCGAACAGUUUCCAUCGGCCGAUCAUCAGCCUACUGCUCACACGUUGUCUCUGCAUCGGCCCAUCAAACGUUCUCAUUGGCUGAAUCACAAUGGCCGGCAAUCCGAUGUUCUCGCUCGUGUCUUCCAAGCCAAUCAAGACUGGCUCGAAUCGAGUGACUCACAAGAGGCCGGAGCCAACUCGUCGUCGUCAGCCAAUAUAACCGUGUCUACCAUCAAGGAUGGUCGUGCAGCUCAUCGCACCAGUCAACACGCGGGAGAUGGCGGACGAGGUAUGCCACCGCCUGGCGGAGUUUUCCAACUGCCUCCAGCGAUGGGAUCAUUGCAGCGUUUCGAUCACGGACCUGGCGAAGUGCGUCCGUUAACGGGACCCGUUUUAGCUCCCAAUUCAUCGGCCAGCUCUCUUCUAAUGAACGCCCCUUUAGGCGCAGUUCCUACCUCGCUCUUGCUGCAACAACAACAACAGCAACAACAGCAGCAGCAGCAACAACAACAAUUGCUGCCGCUCAUGUCUUUCGGCCCACCAUUCCUAAUGCAGCCGACGGCUACGUCAGCCAUGUCGCUACCGGCUAGUGUUAGCAGUAGCAUAGCUCACCUCCAGCAACAUCAUCAUCAUCAGCAACAACAACAACAACAGCAAGUUCAAUUACAGCAACAACAACAGCAGCAACGCGAGGGGGGCAAUCGUAAUAAUCACAGCGGCCACACGCACGCCAUCCAACUGCAAACGUCUUUGGAAAUGGCGCCCGUUGUUUGCCCCGCCCUCUGUGAGAUCCGCACCCAAUUGCAAGAAUUGACCCGAUCUGUUGAGUCUUGUCAAAACGAGGUGAGCGACAUGAAACGCGACAUGUCGACCAUGCGACACGACGUGGAGUCUGUCCACCACGUCAAGGAAGACAUAGACGAUCUGCGGGACUGCAUCGACAAAUUACAAGAGCAAAAUCGGCGUAGAAAGCUGAGACUACUUGAACAGGGCCUGACGGGCUUCCUUAUCUACGCCAUAUUUGCGGCAGUGCUUGGCAUGCUUCAGUUCGGCUACAACACGGGAGUCAUCAACGCACCACAAGCGGUGAUCGAGGAUUUUAUAAAAGAUGCUUACCUCUCACGUUAUGGAGUGAAGAUUGCCGAUGGCUGGGAGAAAAUAAUCUUUUCAAUCGCCGUUUCCAUUUUCGCUAUUGGUGGGAUGAUUGGCGGCGUCGGAGGCGGAUUCGUCGCCAAUAGAUUCGGCAGGAAACGCGGUCUCUUGCUUAAUAACGCGACGGGUGUUCUCGGAGCUAUUCUGAUGGCCUUCUCGAAAGCGGCUCAGUCCUACGAAAUGCUUAUUAUCGGAAGAUUGAUUAUUGGCUUUAAUUGUGGAUUGAAUACGUCAUUGGUCCCUAUGUACAUUUCGGAAAUCGCUCCGCUCAAUUUGCGCGGUGGCUUGGGCACGGUGAACCAAUUGGGAGUCACCGUUGGAAUCCUUUUCUCGCAGAUUUUAGGCAUUCAAGAAAUUCUCGGCACCGAAAGCGGAUGGCCACUGUUACUAGGUUUAGCCAUAUGUCCUGCCAUCUUGCAAUUAGUCCUUUUUUCGUUCUGCCCCGAAUCUCCGCGCUAUCUCCUCAUCACAGCCAAUCGCGAAGAAGAAGCCAGGAUUGCAAUGAAACGAUUAAGAGCUUCUAGCCAAAUUGAGGAAGAUAUGGAAGAAAUGCGAGUCGAGGCCCAGCAAUCUGAAGCGCACAUGGGAAUGUUGGAAUUGCUCAAAUCGCGCGCCUUGCUCAUGCCGCUUGGCAUUGGCAUUGUUAUGCAGCUUUCUCAGCAAUUGUCGGGAAUCAACGCGGUGCUGUACUAUUCAACUGAACUUUUCAUUGGAGCUGGUCUAGCUAGUGAAUCUGCCAAAUACGCCACAAUUGGUGUGGGCGCCAUCAUGGUGGGCAUGACUCUCGUGUCGAUUCCACUAAUGGACCGGGCUGGCCGUCGCACCCUUCAUCUAUGGGGUCUUGGGGGCAUGUUCAUUUUCAGCAUAUUCAUCACUAUCUCUUUGCUUGUUAUGGAACUAAUCGAAUGGGUUCGCUACGUAGCGGUCGUCGCCACGCUAACCUUUGUGCUAUUCUUCGCCGUUGGUCCCGGCUCCAUUCCAUGGAUGAUUACAGCUGAGUUAUUCAGCCAAGGCCCACGACCGGCUGCCAUGUCCAUCGCCGUACUGGUCAACUGGCUGGCAAAUUUUCUUGUUGGUCUCUUCUUUUUGCCUCUCAGGGGGGCGCUACACAACUACAUUUUCUUGCCAUUCAGCGUCCUGUUGGCAUUCUUCUGGGUAUUCACUUACAAAAUCGUGCCAGAAACGAAAAACAAGACGUUUGACGAAAUUUCGGCUCUAUUUCGCCGCAAUGAUCGUGAGGAAUUCGCAACGCAGAAUUGCAUUCUGACUUCCAGUGGCGUUGGAUCUAGCACCCUUGCCGUGCCUGUGCCAUCCGGCACUCCGGCUCACACGGAGAGCACGGCUCUACUGGCUGACAUCCGAACCAUCAAAAUCAACGCGUCGUAGUCGCAAUCAGAAUCCGUUUUACCGUAAAUUAUUUCUUCAUCCUUCCAUUUAUGUCCUAUUAUCUCUUUUGCCUCUAUCCCGCUAAUUUAUCUCAUCUCUCAUGUUCUCGUACAAUGACCGUGUUGAGAAACAUGGCUUCCGAAAUCAGAAGUACAUCGGUACAUCAGUAGCCUUUUUGUUCGAUACACAAAGACGAAGAAUACCGGCUCAACAUGGAAGCUCGACUCCUCUUUAAUUCUUUUUUAUUAUACAUAUAUAAAUGAAAAAAAAUAAGGGUUUUAAAAAACGUUCAAAAAGAAAGAAAAGAAAAGAAAAAAAAAAAACACACUUUGUUCCGGGUUUAAAUUUGAUAACUUGUACCAAAACUGGAAUAUUUGAUAAGUCGCACCGUCUCGGUUCUUAGCCAAGUUAUUUGGUAAUAAUCGGACAGACUUUUUUUUUUAAAUAAAUAAUUUCGUUUUGUUUUAUAUAUUGUUCGUGCAAAUUAUGAUUUCAAACAUUUGUUGUGAGAAUGUGACCAUUUUGUGUUGUUAUAAUGGUGGUUACUUUAAUUCACUUUGUGUUGUUGAUAUCGAUCCAAUGUGAGCGGAUCGCAUCUUCUCGGGCUCUGACAAGACAGUUCCUGAUUGCAAAUACUGUGGUGCGGCAUCGUCAAAAGAUACAGACUGUUUUGUUUCUUGAUGCAAACAUAUUACGCGUACGCAUACAGUACAUACGCUUCAACAUUC